AUUCUAACAUAUGUAUUUAAGUCUUUUUUUAUUAUUUUUAAUCAGAUAAGUAGGAUUAAGUAGAUGUUCUACUCCCCUAGUUUCCUUUCUUCUCCCAUCAAAUUGAUUGAUGUUGUGAACAGUAAAUUGUCAAAUUGUUUACUAUUAGCUCUCUAUCUGUUGAAAAAUCAUUUAAAUAUAAAACCAGAUGGCGUAUAUUGUGAUAAAAAAUUUCGUUUGAAACCUAUUAAUCCGUGCAGAAAUAUAAAAACACUAUUAAAAAUGGUUAGAAAGGUAAUAAUUACUGGAGCAACCGGUUUAUUGGGUAGAGCAGUUUUAGAAAAAUUUAAGUCGGAUAGUAAAUGGGAAACUCUUGGCUUAGGAUUCUCUAGGGCUGGGAAUGAAUUGAAAAAAGUGGAUUUAACCGAUAAGCAAGCGACGACUAAAGUUAUUAAUGAUUUUGAGCCGCAUAUAAUAAUUCAUUGUGCUGCUCAAAGACGUCCUGAUAUUUGUGAAAAUGAGGAAGAAGUUACGCGUCAGAUGAAUAUAGAAGCUACGGCUACCAUCUGUGACAUUGCUAAAACAUUGGGUGCUUUUGUUAUUUAUAUUAGUACAGAUUACGUGUUUGAUGGUACUAAACCUCCAUAUAAGCCGUCAGACGCAACUAAUCCUCUAAAUAAGUAUGGCAUAAGUAAACUGGAAGGAGAAAAGGUUACGUUGGAAAUAGAUCAUAAUAAUGUUGUUCUUCGUGUUCCAGUUUUAUACGGUGAAAUAGCAUCUCUUGAUGAAAGCGCUGUAACAAUACUUUAUGAAAAAGUUGCUGACAAUACAAAGAAUUGUCUCAUGUCUCACAUUGAGCAAAAAUUUCCAACUAAUACCGCCGAUAUUGCAAAAGUACUUGAACUACUCUGCAUUGAAAAGCUAGAAGAUUCUAAGAAAGUUAAGGGAAUAUUCCAGUGGAGUGGUAAUGAAAAAUUUACUAAAUACGAAAUGUCGUUGAGAAUCGGUAAAGUUUUUAAAACAAGUGUAGAUCAUGUUCAAGCAAUGACAAAAGCAGAUAGUGUAGCUAAAAGACCUGUCGAUUGUCAAUUAGAUUGUUCAACUACCAUCGAAGUUAUUGGCUGUAAUCCUCAAACGAAUUUUGAUGAUGGAAUUUACAAGUCUAUUUCUGACUUUAACAAUAAAAGUAAUAAUUAAUAACAUUAAUUUUCAACAAUUUUACAUUAUUUUCAAGUAUUGUACUGUGGAAUAAAGACAGUUGA